UGGGUAGGCACGGCGAUUAUCUUUUAAGUCUCUUAAUAAUAAUAAAACCUCAUGCCAUUGUAUGAUUCAAAUUAGGUCACAUAAUCUUCUUUUUUAAUAAUUUCUUUCAAAAACGAAUGGCCGGGUCAAAUUGAGCAAGUUGAAACUAAUUUUAAGAUCUUAACCACUAGACAAAUUUUCAGCGGCUGAAGUUGAAUACUAAUAUUUAAGUGAGCUUGUAUGACGUGAUCUGAUCUCGUAACACCUACUGAUUCUUCCAUUCCCGCCGGCUGAUUUGUCAAAGAAGAUGACAAUGAAAAAUAGUGAGGAAAAAAAAAACGAUUAAUUAUCUGUCCUUGUAGUCUUUGUUUUGAAAUAGAGUCCAUCCCUUUGAUGUUCGUUCAAAUCACAUCUUUCCCUCGUAAUUGCUUAACAUUUGACUUUGCUUUCGAGAAAAAUGACUAGUACCGAUGAUCCGAUUCCAACGAAAACUGCCUCAAGUACUUCGCCCGAGCUGACGGCACCGCCUGCUAGAAACGUGGAGAACCAGACGCCGGCGUCGGGGUUUGGGGCUCCGGGGAUCCGGGAACGAUGGAGGACACAGGAUCAGCUGAAGAUAGGGUCGUUGGCUUUAAGAGGAUUGGGUUUUCUGUUUUCAUUUCUUGCUUUUAUUAUCAUGGCCACCAACAACCACGGCAGUGGGGAAAAUUUCGACAAUUAUGAAGAAUACAGGUAUGUUUUGGCGAUAGCGAUUAUGUCAACCAUAUAUACAGUGGCACAACUUGUGCCGCAAGUUCACGAACUGUUUACUGGAAGACAAUUAUUUCCGCCACGGAAUUUGGCGUUGCUUGACUUCUUGGGUGAUCAGAUUAUGGCAUACUUGUUGAUAUCUGCAUUAUCAUCAGCGAUUCCCCAAACAAAUAGGAUGCGAGAGCAGGAAGACACCAUAUUCACGGACAACUCUGCUGCAGCAAUUAGCAUGGAAUUCUUUGCAUUCCUCGCACUUGCAUUUUCUGCCCUUAUCUCUGGUUAUAAACUGUCCAAUGAUUCCAAUCAAUCAUAUGUCUAAGGAAAAGGGAAAAAAAAUCUUUGUUUUGUAACAAAUGUUUUUCUACGCGUUACUAGAUUCAACUCGCAGUGCUAAAGAGUAUGAUUAAUCUUACGAAACAACUUUGAAGACUUAAACUCAAGUAUUCAAUGAGUUUAAUUUAGUCGAAUUUCUAAUAAAAAUUUUAUUGCCGAUCAAAAAAAAAAAAA